GAGGCCUGAAUGUAUCUGUGUGGGCCUAGACCUCGCCCACCCCCGCUCCUCCCCCCCAGGUGCCCAGUGCUGGGGCAGCCACCUGCUGCCCUGGCUCCCUGCCAGCCGGCCCUGUUCCUGCUUUCCCCAUCAGCGCCUCCAGCCUGGCUGUCCACGUGUUGCUACUGCUGUGUCCCAGGCGGGCUGGUGCUUUGGGCUGAGAUUGAAGCAAAUCUCCCUAGAUCGCCCUGCUCUCCAGGUGAUCCCUUUAUUUCCUGCCCUGAUCUGCUGUGAGCUGUCAGCCCACUGCUGGGCGAUACCACACAGGGGGCUGAGCUUCAGUGGUGGGUGAAGGGCUGUAUACGUAGGGCCUGGGUCUCUCUUCACCAUGUCAGUUUUACACCAGUAUCGCUCCUUGAUGUCAGUCCAGUUACUUCUGACUUAUGCUGGGGUUAAAGAAUGUCCCGGGUCCCUUUAGGGAAAGUCCUCUUACGAAAUGUCAUUCGUCAUACUGAUGCACACAACAAGAUUCAGGAAGAAUCAGAAAUGUGGAAAAUAAGGGAGCUGGAGAAGCAGACUCAAGAGACUUACCGGUGGAAGCAAGGGAGAAUGUCACCCAAUACCUCCAGUAGUCGGAUGCGCAGUGACGGUUUCGAUGAGGAGAGCCAAAGGGCUGACUGGAAGGCAAAGAACUUUAUGCAUGUUCCUGACAUGAUCGAAGACGACCUUCUCAGGGCUCGGACCUGGAAUAAGAAGCUCUACGAAUGUGAAGCCAACAUGCCAGAUAGAUGGGGUCACAGUGGCUAUAAAGAGUUAUAUCCAGAGGAAUUUGAUACUGACAGUGACCAGCAAGAGAAAGAUGAACAAAACGCUGUCAAUGGAAAGAGGAAAUCUCACCCAGGAAAACAAUCUGUGCCUGAGUCACUCAAACGGAAGAGGCCAAAGAAAUCACAGAAGAAGAAGCAGAAAAAGAGAUCACACAAAAAGCGAAAGAAGAGAAAAAAGGAGAAGGUGAAGGCAUCAUCAGAUUCUUCCCAGGAAAGCGAGUGUUCAGAGGAGGGGACUUCGGGCACCAGGAAAGGGAAACACAAACACAAGCACAAGAAGAAGACCAGGAAAAGGCUUGCAAAGGAACCUGCCUCUUCCUCUGGGCAGGAAAGUGACUCUUCCAGUGUGAGCAGCUCUGAGGACAGCGAACCUGAGGAGAAAAAGGAAAAGUGGUCUAAGAAAAAAAGGAGGAAAUGCCCUGUGUCCACCUUAGAGAGGCACAAUGAGAUUCAGAAGAAGCAAAGCAAGAGGAAGAACUGGAAAGUGGCAGCUGAUGAGAAGUCGGAGGACAGCUCAGAUGAGGACUAACAAGAGGCUGUGAGUCUGGGGCCAUGGGUGAAAUUGCACGUCAGCGAAUGGAGGCUGACGUUUUCUCCCGACACUGCCCUGUGGUAUAAACAUGGUGCCUAACUGAUUUCUGGAGCACAGAACUUUAUACCCUGCCAGCCCACAGGUAUGGGCUCUGCACCUUGCUGGCUCGCAGAGGGCACCUCUUUGGUUUUUGCUGGUUUAAAACCAGGAGAGCUGAAAGGCCUGCGGAGAAGAUGCCUGUCCCUCAGGUCGCAUCUCCUGCCCACCCAUCCCAGACUCCUGACUCUAUAAUUGGUCUAAUUUCAUGGCCAUAUUCAGUUUUAAUUGACAGUUCCUGUGGGCCAUCUUCAGAAGGGAAACGGGUGCAUUGGCACCAUCUCUAGGUUUUUUAAAAUUGUUCCUCUUUUCAUGCAUAACCACGUAAUGACCAAGACACAAUUGCAAUAAAGAGCAGAGGCCACAGCUUCUGCCAACCUGAUUACAAAGGAUGUGCCAUUGGAUUUAACAGCAGGGGCCCUUCACUGCAGCAUUAUUCCCGUGAUGAAAAUAAACGGAUGUGGUCCCAUGUGGACAGUCGAAGUAAGGAGGAGGCACUUGUCUGGAACAAGGAAGGGCAGGUGGGGCGUCACAAUUCUAGCUGCAGGUGUGGUGACCCCACUGCAGUGGUUUGUUUCAAACUUACCUCAGAUCCCCUACCUCUGCCCUUUGUGUGACUGACUUUCCCUCCUUCCUAUCAGUAACACGUUCCUCUGGAUCCACUUGUGCUGAUGGACAGGCCUCUGAUAGGUUUCCUGUUCUGUCUCUGGCUGGCCCAGUGUGUUUGACACAAAGAUUGGGAUACGGGGAGGGCGGGGGGGUGGAAUGAACCCUUUCUCCCUGCAAUAAACAUGAAGACUCCAUUUGUACUUUCCUUUUGAAAUCUGAUCUCUUUACCACCACUUUAGCGCAAGACCCAGGGACAGAGCAUGGAUGUGUUCAGGGGUUCUAAAAGUCUGGUCAGGGCUGCUCCUCUCUUUGUACAAUAUGUUCACCACUGAUCAGGUUCCAUAGACCUGUGAAUAUGUUUUGUGGAGCCAGUCUGUAUAUAGGAGAUUGCAUCCCUGCUUAAUACCCUCCAGUAGAAGAUGGCAAAGGAGACUCUUAGCACAUACAGUCUCAUACCCCACGUUUCUCUGAAUUUCCAUAUGCGACAGUAGGUGGUGUCUAUGCUCCCAGAAUGUGGAGGUCUUGAAUCUCUCUAGAUCAGAAUUGAGGUGUCUGGGCCCCCCGAUAUAUAAACUAUGGUCUCAAACCUUUCACAAAGCCUUUUCUCUGUGUGUGUGCUUGCAUAUAUGUAAGCCGUGGAAAUGCGAUGGGAUUACAAAUCUGUGCCCAAGUCAAGAGUAAACACCAUUCUUACGAGAGUUCAGAUCUGUACAUGUCUUGGGAUCCUUCUUUGACUUAGCUUUGCUUGAGUGAAGUUUCAGUUGAAGGCUUUUACCACUGAGUCUGGACAGUGCUAAAUGCUUCUCUGGUCUGAGCAGUGUAGAUUACUGCUCUGACAUAUUGAGGUUGGGGCAUGCUUUUGUAUUAAAAACUGUUACCUAUCCUCAUUCUGCUAAUCCAUGAACUAAUCAUUUUCCCAGUUGUGCUUCUGCAGCGCCAUGAAGGCAGGUUAUCCACAUAGGUAAGGUUUUAUAGGUUUCUUACUCUGAACUUCUUGUUGAGACAGCACUCGCAGCUCCUGGGGCUGCAGACGAAGUGCCUCGCUCAUACCUACCUACCCGUUGGGUCUUUGUGAGUGGAAUUAAUGUUUGUACAGCCCCUGGCAGAUGGAAAUUGCCUGAGAUUCCAAUUCUUAACCCCCCAAUCUUAUAUCACUGUAGCUCUGUUGACUUCUGUGGAGUUAUUCCUGAUUUCUGGGAGAGCAGGAUCAGGCCCUGAGGAAUUAGAAUCAGGGUGGUGAGCCCCAAAGGACCAGUCUUCAGCUGGAGGAAUAGUGCCUGGGAUAUGGGCUUCAGCAUAGAAUGGGGGAAUACCGAGAGGUAAGGGGGAUCUCAAUGUGAGUUCAAAACUAGAUAGCAGAAACUCAACAUCAGGGUAGUUUAUCUUCUAGUGGGAAUGUCUUAGAUGUCAGCCUGACAAACAAAUCUUCUCUGCCUUACUGUCUAUAAUCUGCUCCAUCAGAGAACGAGUAGAUACUUGGGAGGAAGAGGAGAGAACCUGGAUAAAUACAUAAUAGCCCAGAUCCUUGGUCUUUGUUUAAAUUUGUUGUCUCUCUUUCUCCACCAGUAGCAGGUGAAGCUUUUUUAGGUCUUCCUGUGCAUAUGGGCUGACACUGAUAAAAUGGAGGGACAUCGUUGUAGUGUCUGUCAUUCUGUGUCCCCCUCCCCCAGUGCUUGGUCUACAUUCUGUCAUCCACUCUGUCUUCUAGAAGGCCAGUGUUUGUGACUUCCUUUCCAGGGCACGAAUAUGUGGGCAGCUCCUUCUCUGAUGGGGUUAAGCAAUGUCCUAUUUCUCUAAGGUCCUGUCUCCUGGUGCAGGGAUUUCCAUGGGCCGGAAGGGGAGCUGUCAAUGGUUCCUUUCUAGUUCAGUAUGAGAGCCACUUCUCUAUUGCAAUCUGCAGAAAUAUUAAUGCAAUAACCAUGCAGCACCUUUUCACGCAUCACAAGAGAAGUGUUCAAGGAGAUUUUUAUUUUUAUAAAGAAAUCCUCUACAGAAAGAUUUUAAAAUAGGAAAUGUAUAACUGCAGAAUAGAUUCAUAUAUUGCACUGGACCCAGUGUGGACUUUAUGGGUGGAUUUUAGGGCAGGACUGAAUGUUGGACCUCAAACAGUGAUCCUACUAUCCUAUACGGUCCAGCUCCUAAUGCAACCAGUGAAUAGAGUGCUUGGUAUGUCACUACUUUUGCUUUGAUGGACCAGUGUCUCCAGGCAUUUGAACAUUGGCUGCCUCAUGCUUCUUCAUCCUAAGAACAUAUACCAGUUGGGCUCCUGCCAGUUAAA